CCGGUCUGGAGAGCCGAGGAAAAGGUCCCCACUGGCAGUCCCAACUGAGUCAGACUCGUUGCUCGUUUCAGUCACAGCCCCAGCGUGCACCAUGGCAGACAAAGAGCCCCUCACCGCCCGCCUCACCUCCUCCAUCAGGCACACCGUACAGCCCCCAGAGAACGAGCUCGCACGAUGGCGGCGCACCUUCGACCGCUUCGCAGGCCCAGACGCAGACGGCAAGAAAUACCUCAACCCCGUCCAGUUCGUCGACGCCAUAGCGCCCACCGACGAGGGCUUCAGCAAGAUCAAAAAGGAACAAUACGCAAACCUGUUCCGAGUCGCCGACAGCUCGCGCAGGGGGCUCGUGUCGUUUGAAGACUUUGUGGUGUUUGAGACUCUGCUGAAACGCCCUGAUGCCGACUAUCAGCUUGCUUUCCAGGUCUUUGACGUCGAUGCAUCAGGGUCUAUUGAUUUCGACGAGUUCAAGGCUGUGCUCUCGGCCAACACUGCAGCCAGCGGCAUUCCUUUCGACUAUGACUGCAGUUGGAUGAAGCUCUACGUUGGUACGCGUGGGGAUAGACAUGUGCUUGGGUAUCACGAGUUUACUCAACUCAUCAAAGGAUACCAAGGCGAGAGGCUCCGACAGGCUUUCCAUUUCUUUGACAAGGACGGAGAUGGCUAUAUCAGCCCAGAGGAGUUUCAGAGUAUUAUUGUCGAGAUUGCUGGACACAAGCUUUCCGACUCUGUCCUCGCAAGACUGCCGACUUUGUGUACGAUGAACCCUGGAAAGAAGAUCAGCUACUCUGAGGUCAUUGCUUUCCACAACGUCAUCAGAGAAAUGGACACUGUGGAGCGCAUCAUCGAACAUGCCGUCCAAAAAUCAAAAGACGGAAGGAUCGAUGUAUCAGACUUUUUGAACGAGGCUGCAGGGAGCAUGCGCUAUGGAAUGUUUACCCCGAUGGAGGCCAAUAUCAUCUGGCACUUUGCCAGCCGUGGAAGUGUCGGGUCUGGUCAAAGGCUUACGCUUGCCGACUUUCAAGCACUCCUCGACGCCAAGUGGCAACCUCCUGAUGCGACGCCAUCGGAAACGGCGCUGAAAUCCAAUGGCUUUUUGGGAGAGGCUGCGCAAUCGAUCUACAAUUUUGUUCAAGGUGGAAUUGCUGGAGGUCUUGGAGCAUAUGCUGUAUACCCGAUUGACCUGGUCAAGACUCGACUGCAAAACCAGCGAUCUACCGUCGUCGGAGAAGUGCUUUACCGCAACGCUUUCGACUGUGUCAAGAAGGUCUACGCCAACGAAGGAGGUGUCAGGGCGUUCUAUCGGGGUGUUCUGCCGCAACUUGUCGGCGUGGCGCCCGAAAAAGCCAUCAAGUUGACAGUCAAUGAGCUUGUCAGGAAAAAGGCCACAGAUCCAGAGACUGGCAGGAUUCCGUUGAUCAUGGAAAUUGUGGCUGGUGGAACCGCGGGUGGUUGUCAAGUGGCUGUUACCAACCCUCUAGAAAUCGUCAAGAUUCGAUUACAAAUGGCUGGUGAAAUUACUCGGGCAGAAGGCGGGGGGGCUGUACCGCGAGGUGCUUUCCACAUCGUCAAGCAACUGGGAUUGAUUGGUCUGUACAAGGGUGCCACCGCAUGCUUUGCGAGAGAUAUUCCAUUUUCCAUGAUAUACUUUACGGCUUAUGCCCAUCUUAAAAAAGACGUGUUUGCUGAAGGACGACAUGGAAAGGUGUUGAGUUUCGGGGAGCUGCUUGCGGCUGCUGGCAUUGCUGGUAUGCCGGCUGCCUACUUGACUACACCCGCCGAUGUGGUAAAGACUCGACUCCAAUCACAAGCCCGAGCUGGACAGACGGUAUACAAGGGCAUCGCGGAUGGUCUCGUCAAGAUCUUCCAAGAAGAGGGUCUCCGAGCCCUUUUCAAAGGCGGUCUCGCUCGGUUAGUAGUUUGGAUGACAAGAGGUAGCGCUGACUAUAGUCGACAGUGUCAUCCGAUCAUCCCCUCAAUUUGCUGUGACAUUGGCGUGCUAUGAGCUCCUUCACAAGCAUUUCCCCUACCCGUACGCCCCGGCUCCUGCACUCGCACGUCCUUCUCGAUCCGCACAGCAAGAUAUCUCUCGAAUUCGUGCGAGAAAUGCUUUGCGUAUCCUUCUGGACUGCAGUUCUCAAUUUGGUAUGGUCGAUGCCAACACUGCGGCCAAGGGCGUGUCCAUACUGCCCAAAUCGCUCAGGCCAUAGGGGCAUUCUUGGCGGAACCUCACGUAAAAGUUGAAUAUAGCGCAAGAAAUAUGGACGAAGUCUUUCUGAUUGUAUUUGCCAACAAGGUCAAACGAUUGAUAUUUGUUUACGGGUCGUGCUGUGAAAUAGACACAUCAAAUAUUCACUUGACCGAUUCAGAUUGAGCAGGUGACACGUCGCUCUUGAGCGUCUACUACCACAGAUCAUUCACGUCUCCGGUCUUCACGCAUACAGUGACCAUAGAUAUGGAAAAAGGAAUGAUCUGCCGUAGGGAUAGAAGACUGCAUGUACGCUGUGCC